GAGAAACCCUCGUGCCUUCCUAUCCUCCCUCCCAUGGCGGAGUCGUCUGAGAACGCCACCGCGGCGCCCGCGCCCGUGCCACCUACCGCCCCCGCCCCGGCCACGGUCCCGUCACCGGCGCUGAAGACGUCCCCGCCCGCCAGCUCUGGGAUCCCGCUACGGUACGACCUGGACGCCAAGUGUGACGCCUGCCUCGACCUCUCCAUCCACCGCGUCGCCUACUCCUCCCUCGCCGGCGCCUUCGGGGGCCUCAUCCUCUUCCGCUCUCUCCCCCCCUCCUCAAGGUAUGCAUGCGAGCCUCCGACCCAUCCCUCCGCCUUUGCCUCCUCUUCAUAG